AUGUGUUACUGCCAAGUUUUGAAUCCCAUUUGCGAGCUUGGGCAACCCACAAAUGACGCAAUAUACAAAGUUGUGUGUGAGUUGAAAGAUGAGGUCUUCCGGCUUGAUUUGAAGGUGAGCAGCGCAAAAGAGCUGUUACUGAAGGUAUUCUCCACUUCCCUUGGGAAGGGGACUAUGAAAGAAGUGUUAGAGAUACCUGAGACGAGCAAAGUUCAGCGCUCGCUUUCGUUCAACGGGGAGACCGAGAAGAAGGAUGACGUGGGUGUCGAGGAAAAGGAUGGUGAAGGGACGAAGGAUGACGUGGUUGUCGAGGAAAAGGAUGGUGAAGGGACGAAGGAUCAAUUGGAAGAGGAUGUUGAUGAUGUAGAGAGUGUCCCUUCACUUAAUCUAUCAGAAGAGAAGGUCGUUGUUCCAACUAAGGUGGUUGUUUCUGAUGAUUCGUUUGAGGUUAUGAACUUUUGGGGAGAAGAUCUCCCCGCUAUUGUAAAAGAGGAAGUUGAGCAGGCAGUGAAGGAUGAUUUUGAUGAUGCUGCGUUCGAAAGAUUCAAAGAAUCUGGAGGGAAGGUGAUUGGUCCAUUCACUGUGAAGAAGGGUUACUCAAAUCAACAGUACGAGUUGUUCCGUUACAUUUUCUCUAGCGCCAAUGAUCCGAGUGAAGUGUUAGCCCAUUUUGGGAAGGUUGAGGUCGAGCGGAUGUAUUUCAAAUGCAUGAAACCGGAGACCGAUAUAUCACACAGUCUCAUUGAUUGCUUUGCUCAAAUCAUGAAUUUUCGAGAGAAGAAGCGCAACGGCAUUGGAAGUAAGAGAACUUGGUUUAUGCCCACCAGAAUUUCGAGCAAGUUACUUGGAAGAUCGAUGACUGUGGAGAGGAUGGCGAAGCAGCAAGAGUGGUCCACUCUUUAUUACGAUGCAGAUUUGAGUUUAUGUCACACUAUGGUGGUACCCCUACUGGAUACCGAGAGUGCUCCGCACUGGUUUGCGGCGAAUGUGAGCAUGGUUAAUACAACAAGGAAAUUAGGGACUCGUUGUCUUACCGCAAUGCAUAAGAGCUCCGGACUUUGGACCAAUUGUUUGCCUGUCAAGCCAGGAGACCUGAAUUUCAGCGAGUUUGUAAUUAUUUCUUCAAGCAAGGACUACCCACAACAACAAAAUGGCCACGAUUGUGGAAUGUUUGUAAUGAAGUACAUGGAAUCACUGUUCGAGGAAAAUGAAAUAUUGGAAGAGCUUGAUCCUAUUGAAGCGAGAUCGGAUUGUGUUGGGAAAAUUGUCACCCCCGAGAGUAACAAGGCUAAACAUGCUGUGAUGGAGGGAGUUAAGAAGCAAUUUGGAUUGAGCAAAACCAAAGUUCUUCCAUCGGCAACAUCUACCAUGCGCAUUACGUAG